AAUAUUAAAGAGUUUCUUUACCCAGUAUCCCGACAGUGGUAUUCCGAUUAUAAUAUUCCCUACCGACGGGGUUACUUGUUAUAUGGACCUCCUGAAACUGGAAAAUCAUCUUUUUUUUAUGCAAUUACAGAGGUUUUUAGUUUAAAUAUCUAUACUCUUUACCUUUCUGACAUUAACGAAGCCAGCCUGAAGAGUCUAUUCGCCAAGCUUCCAAAUUAA